AUGCCCGGAGACUCCACACCAUUCGGGCCCAAGCCCAAAUCCUCAGUCCCAUCCUACCUCCUAAAUGGAACUGCAUCCAUUUGCGUGCCAAGCAAUGUGCAAGAGCGCGAGAUCCUCCAUUCCUCCAUCAAAUCUUCCUUCUCCCGGAGACAGGUCAUUGAUCCAGAGCUUCCUUCAGAACCACCAUUACCAUCACCUGCUACUGCCACAGGGUUAUCAAUUGUGCGGGAUGCAGUGACUCCAGCAACUGCUAUAAAUGGCGCUCCAGAUACUGACAACCCCUAUGGUCGAGUUAACGGCAUACCUGUGAAUGAGGGUGGAAAGCCCAAUGCCAAUCAGAAUGAGCAUGAGCAUGACAAUGAGAGUGAAGACCAUGUUGGUAGACCGAUAGAAGCGCCUGUCAUUUUGAAUGCCGCCCCAAUUUCUUCCGGAACAAAUUUCAGCGGUGAACCCCCGCGUGAUCCUACGGAUCAUACGAGACCCUUAACGCCUCCUUCCACUACCAGCCGGUCUGAGAGCCCGUACACAGUAAACCCGCCAAUUGAUUUUGACGGACUUAGUUGGCCGAGUGUUGGUACCCGCAAACGCCUAGACUCAUCACCCGAAGAAAGCGAAAAGCGCAUGCAGAAACUCGCAGACGCCGUGCGGACAAUUUUAGAAUGUAUCGGAGAAGACCCCCAGCGGGAAGGGUUGCUAGGCACGCCGGAGAGAUAUGCCAAGGCUCUGAUGUAUUUCACGAAGGGGUAUGAGGAGAACGUACGCGAUCAGGUGAACGGCGCUGUUUUCCAUGAGGACCAUGACGAGCUGGUUAUUGUGAAGGACAUCGAGGUGUUUUCGCUUUGCGAACAUCAUAUGGUGCCGUUUACGGGGAAGAUGCACAUCGGCUACAUCCCGAAUCGCCGCGUCCUAGGCCUCUCCAAACUCGUCAGGCUGGCAGAGAUGUUCUCGGCGCCGCCUCCAGGUCCAAGAACGGCUGACAAAGCAAGUCGCUCUCGCAAUAGCUGA